AUGCCGACCCCAAUUUCAAAGGCGUUUGCCGAGAAGGCACCUAAGGUUCCACCGACCUUCGACGGCGUUGAUUACGACGAUACGAAUGCACUCAAGGCGGCUCAGGAUUCCGUCAUCCGCGAGCAAUGGGUUAAGGUCAUGAUGGGACGACUAGUACGGGAGGAGCUGGCGAAGUGCUACUACACAGAGGGAGUAAAUCAUCUCGAGAAGUGUGGAAAGCUAAGAGAACGAUACUUCGAGCUGUUGAAGGAGUCAAAGAUCAAGGGACAUCUGUUCGAGCAAAUGAAUUACGCCCCGAAGAAAGAUUAA